AUGGCCUGCGACCCACUGUCGUCGGAUGGCGGAGGGUGCGAGCUCUCGGACGUGGCGAUGGCUCCUGCGACGGCCAUUCCGCGCGAUGUAUGGACUGUCGCUCAGUCUGGAGUGGCGCCGCGCGACGUCGUCGUGGGUUCGCUGUUCGAUCGCAAGCGGCGGCCGCCUCAAUGCGACAGUCGCGAAGCGUUCAACCUCGCAGGUCGUGAUCCCUCGGCCGCUCCGACGGACGCGUUACGCGACAUUCACGGAGUUGAGUCUCGCGCCAUUCAUGCACGCGUGGCCGUCGCCGCGCCGUCAGGAACGAGGUCUACCUUCACUCAGCCGCCAUCGCCGCCGGCGGCGGCGGCGGAGGCAGUGCUAGGUGUUGCCUUCCCCGGCCACGACCGCCCCCGUCCCGCGCAACAGCACGAGUUAGGGCUAUCCGCGUCCGCGCCGCACGGCUCUCUUCCGUUGAGACUGCAGUGCUCGUGGAUGUGGGAGCAGCCGCUUCAGUUAAGUCAACCGAGUCAACGGAGUCAACCGCGUCAACUGGUCGAUUUGAAUCAGUCCACAGACGAACCGCCACUUGCGGUCCUCACGCAAGAAAAGGGAGCUCAACAUGCCGCAUCGUCACUCCCCUCGAGCCACUCACCAACGGCCUUGGCGUCGCAGCGCGCAUUCGCCCUACAAGACUGGGGGCAGGCCGUGCAUUCGCCACUCAAGAAGCCACGUGGCAGUCCCGAGGCGAUUGGGCGGCAGGCGGUGGCUCUAGCGAUCAGCGAACGGGAGGAGGAGAUUUUCCAGAGGCGGCGCGAGCAGCGGCUGCGGAUUCUGGGCGGCUUGAGACAUGCGCUCGAUGAACCAGCGGCGGCUUGCGCGGCUGCCGCUGCCGGCCUCGACGGGCAAAGCCCGCUGUUCGUGCUCCGCCAGGGUCCGUUCAGUUGCCGAAUAUCAAGUCGUGCUUGUAACGCGGAAAAGGCUGGUAGUCAGGGGGGUGUGACUGAAAUGAGAGAAAGUGGAGACGCGACAGGAGGGGGCGCAGUUGAGGGGGGCGACACAACCGCCGCCAGAUUCGCACCCGGGGUGUGGGGCGAGGCAGGCGCAAACGACGGGGGCGGCGGGCUAGGAAGGCGGAGCGACGAGGUGUGCAAUGGGGCUGGCGCAUUGGCGGAGCCGCGAACACUGGGGGCGACAUUGGCGGUGGAACUCCGCUCGACGAUGCGCGUGGAGGUUACUAGUCCGCACGCCGCGGCGCUCGCCUCGCUCGAUGCGCGCAAGGCCCUCCCGUUUCUCGCUGCGCCGUUUGCGCCGCUUCCGGCGGGCUGGAAGCAGCAAAGGCGCGUGCGAGCGCGCUCUGCCUUUGAAAGCCGCGAUCUGAUGAGCGGAGGGGGGGAAGGCUUCCCCGGCUCCCCGGGUCGCGCGGAGCUGCUCGCGGAAGGCGCGUUGCGCUCGCCCGCACUGGCGCGGAAAGCUGCGGAAUGCGGGAAGCGCGCGCAGAAACGGCGGAAUAGCAGCGAAUGGGAGCUGUACGCGGGCGGGGAAGAGGCGCGCGGGGAAUGGGGGCGCGGGGAAACGGGCGGGCCGGCGGACACCGGGCGCGGCGGAAGGAGUAGCAGGGGCGGAGAUUCGAGCGUAGAGACUCGGCGGGAUGGCACUGGGCAAGGGGAGGGGGGAGGGGAGGCGGAACAAGGAGGGCAGCACGAGGUGGAGUCGAGGGGAGGAGCGCAGAAGGAAAUGGAGAAGGAGGGAGUGAGGGAAGAGGAAUGGGAGUGGGAACGAGCCAAGGUGAGGCGGGAAGAGGGACAGGGGACAUUUGACAUGUUGACCUGGGAACAGGGGCAGGGGCAGGGGCAGGGGCAGCAGGCGGAGAUGCGAUGGCAAACGAUUGGCCCUCCAUGGUUAACGCCUGGGCAGGCAGAGCAGCAGCAGCUAGAGCAGCAGAAGGGGCAGGGGGCGGAGCAGCAGCAGUGGUGGCAGCAGGGGGGAGCGGGGAAGCAGCGUGGAAUGGAGGGGCUGGUUGAGGAGGGUGUGAGGGCGCCUCUUGUCCCAUACCUGCGCUCCGCUAGCCAAUCGCAUGUGUGCUCGCCCCUCAUUCUGACUCCCUUCUCGGCCCCACAUACACGUGAUAGGUUGCUGGGUGGUGCUGGAGGGAGGUUGGGUGCUGCUGCGGGCCCUGCUGCUGCUGCUGCUCCUGCUGCUGCCGCCCACCGCAGGGCAGCCAGCUCUGUGCCCAUUUUGGGCGGCACGCUGGCGGUGAGCAGAGUUGGCCAGGUGGACAGUGAGAGUGGAGGCGUUUUGUCUUCUUCUGGUGUGGCUGGGGGUGCUGCUGAAUUCCCUCUGUGGGUGCGGAACAGUGAAGCGGAAACGUAUCUGCACUCUGCUGCCCAACCAGUGCUGCUGGCUGAGAGUAUGGGGGAGUCAUAA